AUGCCCGGGAUUUUUCAUGUUGAUCACAAAAUUGUUGCUGCCAGUGUACUGGCUGCCACAACAGGCGUUGCCUUGUAUUCUUCGUGGAAAGUGUGGUCACUCAAGCGCAAAUUAAAAGAAAAUGUUUGCGAAACGAGUCGCAAUUUACACGAAUAUUUAACGCUUCAUUAUGCAUCACCAAAAGAUGUUAUUGGACCUUGGGUCAAUUCAAUCAGAGAAGAGUUUAUAUCUUUUCCAAAACGUUGUGCUGAUUUGUGUAUUCAUCAUGGGAACACAUUUAAUGUAAAUGCAUUAAACAUUGGUUGUGCAGUUGGUAGAAGUUCUUUUGAGUUGGCCAAAGCCUAUGAUCAUGUUUUGGGCAUUGACCACAGUAAUCUAUUUAUUGAUACUUGUAAUAUUUUAAAAGAAAAAGGAUCAUUAUCAUAUCUGUCUUUAAUUGAAGGUGAAUUGUAUGACAACUUAGAAGCGACUGUAGAUCCAAGCAUUGAUAGAACAAAAGUGGGUUUUCAGCAUGGGGAUGCUUGUGCCCUUCCUUUAAACUUGGGACAGUUUGAUUGUGUUCUUGCUUCCAAUGUUAUCUGCAAACUCAAAAUGCCUUUAAAUUUUUUAAACAGACUGCCUCAACUUAUUUCAUCAACAGGAAUACUGGUCAUUUCAACGUCUUAUUCUUUCUCAAAAGAAUAUACGCCAAGGGAAAACUGGAUAGGUGGCUUUAAAACAUUAGAUGGCAGUUUUACAGGUUUUGAUGGAAUAAAAAAAUGUCUAGAAAAGCAUUUCCACCUUGUUGAUGAAAUUAAUCAACCAAUGCUCAUUAAACAAACAAAAAGAGAAUUUCAAUUAACAUUUAAUCAUAUUCAAAUAUGGAAAAAAAUAUAA